UUGCCCGUUGGGGUAACGGUCGUCGUCGCCAGCAGGGCCUGAGGUGCUGCACAGCCCGCGGGAUCCAUUAAGGCCGCAGCAGCCUGGGCCCUACCGAGCCAGAGUGGCGCGUGGAGUCGGGGUGAGGGCGGAGAAGCACGGGGGAGGGGCCUGCGGCGGGGCCUUGCUGUAUGCGCUGGGCGGCGGCGGGGCCUGGCGGUGUGAGCGCUCGCUUUAGCCGCGGCCGGGCGGGAGCUGCAGGCGGUGGCCGUCGUGCUUGCCGGAGGAGUUGUCUGUGUUGUGCGGCGCCGAAAAGAUGGCCGGGCAGUGAGGGGGCGGCGCUUGCGUCUGGUGACCCCGGAGUGUGCGACUGAGGAGCUAGGGGCGCCGCCGCGGCCCGGCCGGGCCUGCUCCCCGCCCCCUCCCGCUCGCCGGCGGCGGCCCGCGCACUUCCUCCCCAGCCCUCCCCUCUCGGGUGAGGGACUCUCCUGCCCGCCUCGCCACCUCAGGGAACAGCGGGCUGCAGCCGCCGGGGCGGAGAGCCAGAGCGCAGUCUGGGCCCCGCGUCCGACAUGGAGAGAGCGGCGGCGGCCUUAGCCAGCCGCAACAGCAACCUUCGCCGCCGCGGCGUCUUGCACUAGGUCGGGGAAGCCGACGCCCGAGCCGUCGUCCUUGCUGUCGCCGCUGCCUCCUCGCCGGGCGCUGUGAUGGAGUAAGAGGCCCUGCAGCCUGUAAGAAGCGUGCCGCCCCUGGGACCGGGCUGGGGCCUGCUCCCGCGCCCGCCAGCUCGACCAGAGGAGGUGCCUCCAGGUUCGGAGAUGCAGCUCGAGCGAAGGCCGCCCGCCGAGCCUUGGGGCUAGACUGAGAGCCGAGUCCCGCCCCGAGCGCCCAACCCGCCGCGUUCUGCGCUCUGUGGACGCUCCGGACGAACUCGAACGCUGGUGUCUCUCUCUUCUCUCUUUUUUCGUCUGAAAGUCUCAGGGACGGAGGAGGGGCGCCAAGGCCCCAUGUGUGGGAGGAUUGCUUCAGCUCCACAAACUUGCACGGAUUUUGGUUACUUUGGCCAAUGGUUCUGCUCUGAUUUCUUCCGAAUUGUUGCAAAUUCGUCAUUGUUCCCUGACUGCUUACAAAGUUGGAUCCGGAAUUUCUUUUCAACCGGGAGCCAUUGGUGUCGAAGUGUCUGCAAUGAACCCCGUGAAUGCUACUGCUCUCUACAUUUCCGCGAGCCGCCUAGUGCUCAACUACGACCCCGGAGACCCCAAGGCGUUUACUGAGAUUAACAGGCUCUUGCCUUACUUCCGACAGUCCCUCUCGUGCUGUGUUUGCGGACAUUUGCUACAAGAUCCUAUUGCACCCACCAACUCUACCUGCCAACACUAUGUCUGCAAAACUUGUAAAGGCAAGAAAAUGAUGAUGAAACCUUCAUGUAGCUGGUGCAAAGACUAUGAGCAGUUUGAGGAAAACAAGCAGUUAAGCAUCCUAGUGAACUGCUACAAAAAAUUAUGCGAAUAUAUAACACAGACUACUUUGGCACGGGAUAUAAUAGAAGCAGUUGACUGUUCUUCUGAUAUUUUGGCUUUGCUUAAUGAUGGAUCAUUGUUUUGUGAGGAGACAGAAAAACCCUCAGAUUCAUCCUUUACUUUGUGUUUGACACAUUCCCCUUUACCUUCAACCUCAGAACCCACGACGGAUCCUCAAACUAGUUUAUCUCCAAUGUCUGAAAGCACCCUCAGCAUUGCUAUUGGCAGUUCUGUUAUCAAUGGUUUGCCUACUUAUAAUGGGCUUUCAAUAGAUAGAUUUGGUAUAAAUAUUCCUUCGCCUGAACAUUCAAAUACGAUUGAUGUAUGUAACACUGUUGAUAUAAAAACUGAGGAUCUGUCUGACAGCCUGCCACCUGUGUGUGACACGGUAGCCACUGACUUAUGUUCCACAGGCAUUGAUAUAUGCAGUUUCAGUGAAGAUAUAAAACCUGGUGACUCUCUGUUACUGAGUGUUGAGGAAGUACUCCGCAGCUUAGAAACUGUUUCAAAUACAGAGGUUUGUUGCCCUAAUUUGCAGCCGAACUUGGAAGCCACUGUAUCCAAUGGACCUUUUCUGCAGCUUUCUUCCCAGUCUCUUAGCCAUAAUGUUUUUAUGUCUACCAGUCCUGCACUUCAUGGGUUAUCAUGUACAGCAGCAACUCCGAAGGUAGCAAAAUUGAAUAGAAAACGAUCCAGAUCAGAAAGCGACAGUGAGAAAGUUCAGCCACUUCCAAUUUCUACCAUUAUCCGAGGCCCAACAUUAGGGGCAUCUGCUCCUGUGACAGUGAAACGCGAGAGCAAAAUUUCUCUUCAACCUAUAGCACCUGUUCCCAAUGGAGGCACAACGCCCAAAAUCAGCAAAACUGUACUUUUAUCUACUAAAAACAUGAAAAAGAGUCAUGAACAUGGAUCCAAGAAAUCUCACUCUAAAACCAAGCCAGGUAUUCUAAAAAAAGACAAAGCAGUAAAGGAAAAAAUACCUAGUCAUCAUUUUAUGCCAGGAAGUCCUACCAAGACUGUGUACAAAAAACCCCAGGAAAAGAAAGGGUGUAAAUGUGGGCGUGCUACUCAAAAUCCAAGUGUUCUUACAUGCCGAGGCCAACGCUGCCCUUGCUACUCUAACCGCAAAGCCUGCUUAGAUUGUAUAUGUCGUGGCUGCCAAAACUCCUAUAUGGCCAAUGGGGAGAAGAAGCUGGAGGCAUUUGCUGUGCCAGAAAAGGCCUUGGAGCAGACCAGGCUCACUUUGGGCAUUAACGUGACUAGCAUUGCUGUGCGUAACGCUAGUACCAGCACCAGUGUAAUUAAUGUCACAGGGUCCCCAGUAACGACAUUUUUAGCUGCCAGUACACAUGAUGAUAAAAGUUUGGAUGAAGCUAUAGACAUGAGAUUCGACUGUUAAAUCAGUGGGUCUUUCAAACCUACCCCUGGUAGGGAAAUAGCUACAGUUUCACGGCAGCUAUGGUUCUGUUGGUUUAACUUGCCGGAGCUCCUGCAUAUAGAUCACUUGUAUCAAGUGUUUUCAUUGCUAAGUUAUAUGUGUUAGUGUCGGGGAAAUAGUUUGCAGAUAAUGGAGGAGUAACCCUACAACUAUAUGUCCUUAGUUCUUACAGAACCUCAUAGUUUGAGAACAAAUGCUGAUGCAACUGAUUUAUACAAAAUGAACUUUGGCAAGGAAAAUAACAUUAACCUCAUUGUUUAUGGUCAUGCUUUGUGCAUAAUCAAAGUUUAUGAUUAAAUGUAAGGAAGUGGUAUCUAGUCAGUCCAUAAAGAUUGUGCUAAUUUUUUGUGGAAAAGUAGCCAUUAGUUUGUUCAGGAAACUCAGUGCUGCCUUCAGAUGCCAUUGAUGUUUCUCCUGUUGAAAGGCUGAUGUGUCCAGCUCAACCUUUGUGCUGACAUAAUACCAUUUCUGAUCAUGAAAAUUGGCUACUGGUGUUAUGUAGCAGUUCUUAAAUCAGCAGU